AUGGCCACCCCGCACCGGCCGCCGAUGAACGCCGAUGGCCGCGGCAUGAUCGUAAUGUCCUUUCAUUGGGACGGGCUAUUCAUGGAGCUGCUGCUGAAGCAGUCGAGCAUGCGGGGCGGCCUCGCCGAGGAGGCGGAGGGCCAGCUGUUCGAUGCGCGGGCCAGCUGCUCGCACUCGGCUGCUGGCAUCGUGCGCUUGAUGGCGCGGUGGCUGGCCUCCCGCCAGCAGACGCCCGCGCUCCACGCCGCAGCGGACGGCGGCCUGGUGUUCUCCAUGGUCGCGGGGCUCGGCCACGAGGGCGACGCCGCCGAGGCGCUGGCCCCGCGCCGCAUGGCGCUCAGCGUGGCGGCGGUGCAGGAGUGGCGCGCCUCGGCCCAGACGUUCCGCCCGCCCCUGGAGGUGGAGGACCAGCUCGGCCCCGACGCGGCGCUGGAGAGCGCCCCGUGCGGCGCCUUCUGCGCGGCGCUGCGCCCGCUGCAGGUGCCGCUCGCGGAGCUGCGCCCGCUGGUGCCGGUCAUUUGCAUCGCCUGGGGCGAGGCGGCUGGUGCCGCGCUGCAGGCCAUGACCGUGCAGAGACCCGCUGGCGCGGCGAUUGCCGCCUCUGGUUCCAGCGCGGCGCAGGGCUGCGGCCGCAGGCCGCCGCAGGCCCUGCCCCCGGCGCUGGCAGGUCAUUCGGACAGCAUCCAGUUGAUCGACAACGUUCAGUUGGACGUGGUUACCGGCAAGGCGGUCUUCCUCGCGCACGCCGGGGCCCUGCGGGGCCCGGGCGCCAGCCAGGCGCUGGUGCUGCUGCUCGACGCGUCGCGCGGCAUGCGGGCGGUGUCCGCCCUGGCGCCCGCCAGCAGCCUGCGGCGCUGCUCGCACUGA